GUUAAACAUGGCGGCGUCCUCAUCUUCAGGACGCGUUUUGACUCUUUGCAAGCAAUUUCAAAAUGUCUUUAGGAUAUCUUCAGCGAUUACAGCUCAACACUGUGCUGUUGGUGUGACAGCAUGCCAGCAGCAGCCUCGUGUUUUCAGGGACAAGCCUCCACUUGUUGCCCCGUCUUGGAGGAAUGCCAUCAGCUCUGCAGCUCAGCAUCGAGCUCUGCACACAUCCGUCAGCAGGAGAGGACUGGACGAGUUCUUUGACUUCCCUGAGAACUGGGGAGAGACCAACGUAAAGUCGGGGGCACCGUGGUCGGCCAAACAGCUGAGAACAAAGAGCAACGAGGAACUGCACAAACUCUGGUAUGUGCUGUUGAAGGAAAAGAACAUGUUGCUCACACUUCAGCAGGAGUCAAAACGGCAAAGGGUUCCGAUGCCGAGUCCAGAAAGAAUGAGAAAGGUUGAGCGGUCGAUGAUCAGACUGGAGACGGUGGUGACGGAGAGAGAAACUGCGCUGCGUCUGCUGCAGACCGGACAGGAAAAAGGCCGACCGGGAGCCUGGAGGAAGAACACAUUUGGAUACAUCUACUGGUAUCGAUUCAAAGAGUAUGCUAUUCCCUGGUACAUGAAUAGAAGAUACAAGCGCAAGAAGUUCUACACGCCCGACUUCGUCCAACCACAUAUGAGGCUGCGUAUAGAGAAGCUCCUCAGGCAAAGGGUCCGGAAAGCAGCCGCAAAGAAGCACGCGCAAGCCAAACUGAAGCAGAGGUUUCCCGAAAUGAAGGUUUCUGCAUCGUGAAAUGUCGAGCUUUUAUUUUGUUAAAGCGUUUUUGAUGAACCUGAAUCAGCUCAUGUCAAAUAACUGAACGUGACCUGAAACUGCGUACUUGUCCAGCUGUUGUUUGCUCCUACGAGAUAAAUUAUACGACCUGAAA